GCCUGAGCCUCGACCUGACCGGUCGUGAGACAGACGAUACACUAUUUUCAUGUUUUUUUUUUUGACUUGAGGGACAACCACCACGAACUCGCCUCUCCCCUUGGCACAACAGCUUCAAAAGAUGACCUGAAAUAUUGAAGGCUUGUGAAUGAGGAAAAAAUGCCACGGAUACCUACAGGUAGUGGUGGCGUCUCGCGGGGAGCCGUAGGCACAGGAGGAAAUUCGUUGAAUUGGCGGGAGGUCCACCUACGUGUCCGGGAGCUCAGGAGAACUUUUCUUCACUUAUCUGUUAAAACCCCCACAGACGUCACAUUUCGCCGUCUUGGGCCCUCACAGUUACGAUGUUAUUUUCUCUUAUCCCCCGGUCAGGGCAGAGAAUCUACAUUAUUUUAUGCCGACAUCAAUCUGGAAUCGGUUACUUGUGGCAAGCUUGCGAACCAAACUUGGGGUAGCAGAAUUAUAUACCAAGAGGUGUUGGACUCUGGCCAUUCCUUCCUCUGGCGGCGAACGUCUCGAGAGGAACAGCUUUUGAGCGAACGACGCCGCAUUUCAACAUGGGGGAUUACGAACUAUGAACUUCACCCCACGUCCGGCACCUUGGUCUUCCCAGCUUCCUCCACCAUCUUCCAAUGUGUGCAUCCAGAACGGCCGACUGGGCCUAUAAGUCCAAGAGAAUUACCUAGUUGCCAAGUCAGACUCAACCCUCAAAUAUGUCCUGCAAAUCCAAACCUCAUUGCCUUUGCAGCGCGAUACGACAUCUAUCUCUAUAAUACUAAAACAGGAGAGGAGAAGAGAGUGACUCAUGUACAUAGCGGUAGUGGUCGACUAGAGUAUGACCCAAAGAGUGCGGGGAUGCCCUCUUAUGUAAUGCAGGAAGAGUUUUCCCGUUAUCAGGGUUACUGGUGGCAGCCUAUUUCUCCGGAUGGUGUUUAUCGAUUACUGUUUGAAGAAGUUGAUGAGAGUGAAGUUCCUAUAGUUCAGUUUAUCCUGCCUGAUGACUCUGCAGGCAUGCUGGAUGAAUUUAGAUUUCCUCGGGCUGGUAUGUCUAAUGCAGAGUCAACAUUACGAAUGCUAGAAGUAGAAGUGGGACCGGCGGAGGAGUUGAGAGUAACAACUCGACACUUACGUCACGACCUCAAGCAAUUGGCACCUUGGCAUGAGUACUUAGUUCGUGUUGGCUGGGUUCCUGAUGGCAAACAGAUCUGGUGUCAGCUCCUUGAUAGACGGCAACAGCGGCUAGAGCUGAUAUUAUUGUCCUUGUCGUCGUUCACCGGCCAGAAGAGUCCAGCCACGCCUUCUGCUCCAUCAUCACCCCUCCUCUCACCUCACGUCAUAGUCUCCCAACACUCCAAUACUUGGAUAGAUGUUCAUAAUCUCCUGUACUGGUGGACGAGUCAUGCAGAUCCCAGCCAACGAAUGUUGAUAUGGGCCAGUGAAGAGACGGGCCAUCGUCACCUCUAUCUGUUACUGUGUCAGUUGUCUCCUCCAUCUAGCACCGAGGAUCAACCCUCUCACGAAGAUCAAGGUUUGGUGUCAGCACAGUUAGUUCAGAAGAUCGCUCUAACUAGAGGAGACUGGUCAGUUACGGGCAAUAGUCUGUGGGUGGAUGAGACACGUGGCUUGGUGUACUUCACUGGACUGCGGGACUCUCCCCUGGAGCAGCACCUAUAUGUUACAUCAAUAUCACAGCAGGGAGUCAUUCAGCGACUAACAGAACAGGGCUUCUCCCACCAAGUGGCUCUUAAUGAGGACUGUAGUGUGUUUACAACUGUGUACAGUAGUGUGGAGACUCCAUCACAGAGCCAGGUGUUGAGGAUAACACCGCUUGAUGGACAAAACAACAGCGGGCAGCUGGUGUGGGUGUCUGUGUUUGGUGACCUUGUUAAUGAAACACUAUCAGAAGGGCUGAGAGAAAUCAAAUCCCUCGUUGUACCUGAAGUCUUCACUACAAGAAUAAACAGUGGGGACGUAAUCUACUCCAUGGUGUUUAAGCCACACAACUUCACACCAGGAAGAAAAUACCCUACUGUUCUCUGUAUAUAUGGUGGCCCACAGGUUCAGCUCGUCACAAAUACAUUUAAAGGUUUUAGACAUAUGCGGACCCAUAUGCUGGCUGCCCACGGGUUUUGUGUGGUGAGCAUUGAUUCCCGAGGCUCAGACAACCGUGGUGUAGGUUUCCAGGCACACCUCAUGAACAGAAUGGGUACUGUAGAAAUAGAAGACCAGGUGGAGGUAUUGCAGUUGCUGGCAGGUCAGUGUGAUUACAUGGACCUGACACGCCUAGCUGUUACUGGCUGGUCCUACGGUGGCUACCUCUCCCUUAUGGCCCUAGCGCAGCGGCCAGACGUGUUCAAAGUGGCCAUUGCUGGGGCUCCAGUUGUCUCGUGGAGUUUGUACGACACCGGGUACACUGAACGCUACAUGGAUCUGCCCAGUGUCAACCCAGAAGGAUACCGUAAUGGCUCCGUCCUCUCCUACGUUAACAACUUACCUGAUGAGGAAAACCGGUUACUUAUUGUACAAGGGAUGAUUGACGAAAAUGUCCAUUUCUCACACACCAACCAGUUAAUUCAGGCUCUCAUAAAGGCUGGAAAGCCGUACCAACUCCAGAUAUAUCCCCACGAGCGUCACUGUUUACGCCAAUUGGACUCCAAUGAGCACUAUGAGACUAAGCUACUCUCAUUUUUGUUGAAUAAUCUAUGAUGGAAAUGGAACGUAGACUUUGAAAUCUUUGUGUUAUAUCACCAAAUUUGUUUGACAGCGUUCUGGUUUGUUGGUUGUUUUGAUGUUCAUCAAAUAUGUAACUAUAGUGCUUGAUGCUUUUUAGACACAGCUGUCGCAAGCAGUGCAAGCGAUGUUUUAACCCAAGUGCUGAACAUGUGGAAUUCUACAUAGAAAAAUAAUAGUGACAGUGACGAAGCACAAGUCUGUGUGGAAAUGGCCACUGCGAAUAACAAGUUGCAUGUUAUUUGUGACUGUGUUUAUGUGCUAACCAAGAGUAUUGAAAUAAAAUGAGGGCAAGUUUUUCCUGUUAUAAAUAACUCUGUAAUAUAAGGUGAGGUAAGCCAAAUGUAGGUUUUUAAGAGAUAACUGAUGAAUAUUUCAUCAUAUUCUUUAGAAAGCCAUUAGAGUAUUGUCUUGUUGAUAACAUUUUGUUAUUGGUUCCCCUCUCCCCUUAUUUUUUUCCCCAGAUGAUAUAUGAAGUAUCCAUGGGCAAAUAGCAUUAUGUUACAUGGAUCUGAGUGUGUAAAGUUAAAAGUUAAUUAUGACUCAAGGAUGAUGGAAAAUCUGAAGUUGUUUUUAAGUUCUUAGAAAAGGUGUUUCUGAAUGACAAGUGUAAGUAUGGAAUGCUGUGUUUUUAUCAGUCUUAUUUAAACUGUACACAGUUUUUUGAGGGUAAUCACACAAGACCAAGAAGUAUAUUACACCUGCCAGCACUGUUGUCACAGCUGCUGUGGUAGCUAGUCUUUUUUGGUGUUUACGAGUAAUCACCCUUUUAAAUCUGUCGAGGAAUGGGGCUGUCAGCAUUGCCAAGUUGGUGUGUGACAAUGUCUUUCAUGCCUUUUUAUUAUUAUCUUUAUUGAUCUGUUUCAUUCUCUCCAGAUAUUUGUGUUUUUAGAUUACCAGUAUGUACUUUCUUCAUGACAAGAGAAAGCACUGGUUGACUAAUAUCUCAGUAUCCACCUAUUAGAUAGAUGUAUUGAGAAGAAUCAGAAUGUCAAGAAUUAUUUCCAGCAAGUAAAAAUUCACUAAAUGAAUUGAAUACCUGAUAAAGCUUAUCAGACAAUUCAUAAUAUAGGCUGACAGGUGUGGAACAUUAUGGAGAGAUGCUGUAGAGAUAUUUGGGUAAAGCAGCUUUGUGUAACGUGGCUUAGUGACCCGAAUAUAUUGAUAUACUUAAGAUGUACAACCAUAGUUGAUGUAAAGCUGCAGGAACCCAGAGUAUGACAUCUGGCAAGACCAGCCUCUUGUGUUGCUUGGAUGUGACCCACUGUGAUAUUCUCUGGAGGCAUGGCAUCAUAGUGUGUGUAUCCAUGCAUCUAAUUAAUACUUCAAGACUUGGACUUUUCAUAAUGCUAAGAAAAAAAUUGGCCUUUCUUGAUGCUCUAAGAUUUGGACUUUUCACUAUGCUUUGAAACAAGACUUUUUGUAUUGAUGCUUUGAAACACAAACCUUUCAUAAUGCUUUGAUAGGUUUUUAUAAUGCUUUAAGCCUUGGACUUUUCAUGUACAAUACUCUGGAAUACAGAAUUCAUGAUGCUUUGACAUGAACUUUUCAUAAUGCUUGGAGACACAGACUUUUCAUGAUGCUUUGAGACACUGUUCAUAAUGCUUUGAGAUUCAGUAUGAAAUUUUCAUAAUGCUCUGAGACAUGGGCUUUUCAUAAUAGCAAGGUAAUUGUAACAAUCUUUUCCACAAUGCUUCACACCUGUUGUCCACUGUAUGCUUGUACAAAGCUUUUAUGGUCAUUUACAAAGUCAUGAAUUUUCGACCUCUAAAAGUUGUUUUAUAUAAUUUCAGAUUUGUAAUUAUAAUCUGACUGUAAAUUUAAUGGUGAAUUUAGUCUUCAGAUUCCCUUGGUUUUACUUGGUAAUGGAUGAGGAUGGGUAGGGAGUUGAGACUGCUUGAUAUGGUGUACAUAUUUCUGACUAACUGUAUUGGGUAGACUACCCAGUGUUAUUAAGUAAUUCCCAAAUACUCUAUAUUAUUUGACUUUUAAUUGGUGCUAGGUAAACUGCUGCUCUGGUAGAUAGGCUAACAUUCAGGGAGUAAACUGAAAUAACAUACAAAACAGAUGUCCUUGUAUUGAAUGAGGUAUUUAAUGUUAUUAUGACAAGGAAUUAUUUAGGGGCUUGAAGGGGUGCACCAUAUGUGUAAAGGUUAAACAUAGUAAGACUAAGUAAAGUGUUUUAUGACUUGUAAGAAUGACAAAAGCUAUGAUGACAUAGGAUGGGUUAUUCUGAGUUAGUUUUAAGGUUGCCCAUCAGCUCCCUCUCUCUCCUUUUUUAUGCAGUUAUGCUCCAAGAUUUUUUAGUGUAUUGAAGUGACAAUCAAAUUGUUAUCUAAAGCUCUUAUGUAUAUCAGAUAGCAGCACUCAAAAUUUUUGGCCCAUAUGGAGGCAGUGUUAGGGUGCUUCAAAAGUUUCCACCAACCAUUCAUCACAGCAUUUUGCAUAGUCGCCAAAGUAAAGUUUAUAUAAAUAUG